GAGUGAAUGCUUUAUCUAUCUUUAAUUUUAUCCUCUAUCUGCAACUGCCAGCAAUUUGCUUCCUUAGCUUCUUCAUCUUCUCUAAACUACUCUAAUAAUUAAUAGCAUCCAGUAAAGAGUAGAAGAAGAAGAAGAAGAAGAAGAUGGGAGGAGUUAUUAGAGUGUGCAUGAUUGUAAUGAGUUUGGUGCUUGUGUGGUGUGCCACAACCACAAAUUGCAAAUCAUCCCAUUCCUAUUCCCACCAGAUAAACAUAAACAGCAACUGCACUUCUUCUUGUGGUGCCAUUGAAAACAUAAAGUAUCCUUUCCGAUUAGCCGGCGAUCCCAGCUCAUGUGGCCUUCCCGAUUACCAACUUUCCUGCGUAAACAACCGCACCAUUCUACAUCUCAACUCUAACAAGUCAUUUUUGGUAGUUUCCAUAAAUUAUGAAAGGCUUACAAUACGACUUCUGGAUCCUGGUCUUGAAAAGAUUAAUCACACCAACUUCUGCUCCCCAGCUUUCCCACGUUAUACUCUAACGAUGGCCGAUGUACCCAAACAGUAUUCAUAUUCCAUCCACUCCAACUAUCGUCCAUUCGACUCCAUGGCUGUGAUGAACACUCCGGUGAUAUUCAUCGGGUGUAGAAACCCAGCAAAAUCCCCCUUAUAUGUGAAGAUGGCGGGGUUGUGCAGUAACAACACUACUACUUUGUCCUACUCCCACUCUUACGUCUUAGAUGGGGGUAUUAUAGGAGAGUUAGAGAAUUCAUGUAGCAUCACAGCGGUUGCUUGGUACUCAUUAUCUAGACCUACACCAUACAGAUCCGAUGAAGAAGAAAUUGGUGACGCACUGGCUUCGGGGUUUGAGCUCUUCUGGUUUCGUUUCAACUGUACUAAUGAAGAGUGUAUAGACGGAUCAUCUGAUCAGUACUGCUUCAUUGAUUUUGACCACAUCGGCGCAUUCAUCACCUGCACCAAUGAUACUCACAAUAAUUAUUGGACUCCCUGCGAUCUCUUACAUUUGCCUCAUCAUUUAGACUUCAACUUCAAUGAUCAUCACUGUAGUCUAUAUCAGUUGUGGAUAAAUGACCGUCCCACAUUCAUUGUAUUCAUCUCAUAUGCAUUGGGAAGAUUUAGUUUGGGUUUACUAUUCCUAAUCAGCAUUGUAGUGUAUAAACUACGGCGGCGCCACUUGUCAGCUUAUGACACCAUUGAACACUACCUAAGCGGUCCAAACAACCUCAUGCCGAUAAGGUACUCCUACUUCGAGAUCAAGAGGAUGACAAAUAAUUUCAAGCACAAAUUAGGUGAAGGAGGCUAUGGAACUGUGUUCAAAGGAACACUCAGAAGUGGCCCUUUUGUUGCUGUAAAGAUGAUGGGCAAAUCCAAGGCUACUGGCCAGGAAUUCAUUAGCGAAGUCGCCACUAUUGGUAGGAUUCACCAUACUAAUGUUGUGCGCCUCAUUGGCUUCUGUGUUGAAGGCUCAAAGCGUGCGCUCUUAUAUGAAUUCAUGCCCAAUGGUUCCCUAGAAAAAUAUAUAUUCCCAAAAGAAGAAAGCAUUUCAUUGAGCCAUGAGAAAAUGUUUGACAUCUCCCUUGGAGUGGCUCGUGGGAUUGAUUAUUUGCACCGGGGUUGUGACAUGAGAAUAUUGCACUUUGAUAUCAAGCCACACAACAUUCUUCUUGACGAGAACUUUAGCCCAAAAGUGUCUGACUUUGGACUAGCGAAAUUGUAUCCCGUUGAAGAUAGUCUUGUGUCACUCACUGCAGCAAGAGGCACAAUGGGCUACAUGGCACCGGAAUUGUGCUACAGAAACAUAGGCGGAAUUUCGCACAAAGCCGAUGUUUAUAGCUUCGGGAUGUUGCUAAUGGAAAUGGUAGGGAGAAGAAAGAACUUGAAUCCAUUUGUGGAGCAGCUAAGCCAGAUUUACUUCCCUUCAUGGGUUUACGAGCAACUCAAAGAUGGGAAGGACAUUGACAUGGGCGAUGCAACAGAGGAGGAAAAGAAGGUUUCAAAGAAGAUGAUAAUAGUGGCACUGUGGUGUAUACAGAUGAAUCCUAGUGAGCGUCCAAGCAUGAAAAAGGUAAUAGAGAUGCUUGAAGAAGAAGAUGUUGAAUUGCUAGAAAUGGCGCCAAAGCCUUUCUUGUCUCCGGAUGAAGUGCCGACUGAUGAAAAUUCCUUUCCAAAUGCUCAAAAUGUGGAGUCGCCACUGUUAUCAGAUAAUCCGGUGCGCUCCUCUAGUUUUGAAGUGUGUGAGAACUAAAUAAUAUAUAUGCAGCUUAUUACAAUGCUCUGUUCUGUAAUAUUUUUAUUUUAGUUUGUUUAUUAUAUUCCUGAAAGUACUUGAACAA